AUGCUGCACCGCCAAACCAAAGACACAGUAAGAGCUACUCUGGGAAGCCUUCUUCAGAAGAAGCAGCCACUCUUAAUCCUAUUAGCUGUUCUCCUGCCAGCUGGGACUAUAGCAGAGGAAAUCAUUGGAGGUCAUGAAGCACAGCCUCAUUCACAUCCAUACAUGGCACUUGUUGAGUUAACUCUUAAUGGCACGGAGGAACAGUGUGGUGGUUUCUUGGUGGAGGAAGAUAUUGUCCUGACAGCAGCUCACUGCUGGGGAAGCCCCAUGAGUGUCAUCUUGGGGGCCCAUGAUAUUGUGUUGCAAGAAAAUACACAGCAGGAAAUUCCUGUAAAAAAAGCCAUCCGCCACCCUGAUCAUAACAAUGUGCCUCAGAGCAAUGACAUCAUGAUACUACAGCUGAACACAAAGGCCAAACUGACUGCAGCUGUGGGCCUGCUUCCCCUGCCUGGAGAAAGUGACCAUGUGAGGCCUGGGCAGGUGUGCAGUGUGGCUGGCUGGGGCUGGAUCUCUGAGAAUAAUCAAACAAGCAAGCUGCAUGAGGUAGAUCUUACCGUUCAGGAGGACAUCCAGUGUGAGAGCCGCUACUUGAAUUAUAACAGGACCAUUCAGUUGUGCGUGGGAGACCCCCAGAAAAAGAUGUGUACCUUUAAGGGAGACUCUGGAGGCCCCUUGGUAUGCAAAAAUGUAGCCCAGGGCAUUAUCUCCUAUGGAAAUACAAUAGGAACUCCCCCACGUGUCUCCACCAAAAUCUCCAGUUUCUUACCCUGGAUAAAGAAAACAAUAAAAGGCCUCCAACUUGAAGAAUCACCCUGA